AUGGCCAGAAAAAUGUUUCAUCGGCGUCAUUGGCUGGCUGUUGACUUGCCGACAAGCGUAAGCUCCCGCUUUCUCAUCUCAACUGUCAAACCUACGAGACUGAAACCGUUGAUUGCAGAUACUGGGAAGAACGCAUUUGCCAUCCAGUUGGGGCAUAACUAUAAUGCCCAGCAGAGACAAAAGGAAAGCGAAACGAUCCAUGAAUAUUUUCUUCCGAAACUGGAUCGCUUGUUAGCCCGAAUCGCCCCGCCGACUACGGAAAGCAUCAUCUCCUGGUCAAAUUGGGGCCUCUACAGUUUAUUUGACCUUGAGCUGUUUGAGGUCCAGGAAACAGACAAGACCCGAAUGCAUCAGCCAGAUAUUGGAGCAAUGGCUUACCAUGAGCGGGUAGUAAGAAACGGCUACUGGCUGCACAUUGCGGAGCCCGACUUGGAGCAUCCUCGUAAGUUGCUGUUAACGUCGCAGGACAACAACGAUCCAAUACGAUAUGCUGACCUGAUAGUUGAUGGAUAUGAUCGGAAGAGGCACGAACUGUAUGGUUUGGGAUCUACAAAACUCCGUCUCAACUCUCGGUCAAAUGGCCAGGUUACAGACCCGGACCGCGAUUAA